AGACAGUUAGUACAACAGGUUGGCUUAUCUACGCCAAGGUGCCGUGGGAGACGCCAGGUGCGCUCAUUGGCCCGUGUGCCGCUCUAAAAGGGGACUGCUCGUGUCGCUGAUAAUGUCACCGCGUGUCGUUUGUACUGGGACGCAGUGUUCGGAGCUACUGCUGUGCGGUAUUCCAAACUGUCUAUAUAUCACCCGACCGGAACUGUACAGAAUGUCGCAAAGCAACCGGCGCUUACUAUUAACAGUGCUUUGUGAGCAAUGCACAACCAACACUGACUGUAGAAGCACCCUGUGUUCCGCGGGCAACCAAGUAAUCUGCCAACAUCCGGACGGCGCGGGAAUCGUCGCCAAUGGCGGUCUAUGCACCUGUGGAGACAAACAAGGAGAGUGCGUGCUACAGUCGGACUGUUUCGGUGACAAGGCGCCCUCCCUGUCGUGCCCCGACAACGCCCGCCACUGCUACGACGGAAGGUGUAUUUGCGAUCGCUUUCCCAUUGGAAAAAGUGACGUGUAGUGUUCACGAGUAUUAAACUAUUAUAAGCAGUU